AUGGGAGCUGCUUGUGGGUGCUACCUCGAGGCUCUGAAGCGGAAAGCAGAAGGGGGAGAACCGCCAGAGCUGGGGGGCCCCCUGCUGGGCCCCGCCGACCCAAAAUUGUUUUUAAUCAUCACGAGGGCCCUGGGGGGCAAGAAGGUACACUACCCCCUCGCCCUCACAAACAAAGCAGCAGCAGCAGCAGCAGCAGCAGGGAUGCCUGCUGCUGCUGCUGCUGCUGCGUCGCCGUCUCUUGCUGCUGAGAGCCCGAGGAGCUGCACCCAAGAUGUUGUUUCAGCUGCAGCGCAGCAGCGAGAGCAGCAGCAAACCCUGCAGCAGCUGACACCAAGGGUGGAUGUGCUGCAACGGGAGGCAAGACAGCAGCAGCAGCAGCAGCAGCAGCAACAGCAGCAGCAGCAGCAUGCACUAUCUGCUGCAGCAAGCGACGGCUUAGUAGAUGGUGACGGCCCCACACGUUAUUUACAGAGGCCGAGAAGUGCUAGUAAGGGGGAAGCAGCAGGAACUCUGCUGCUGCAGCACCAGCAGCACCAGCAGCAGCAGCAGCAGCAGCAACAGCAACAGCAGCUGCAGCAGCAGCAGCUAUUGUACCCGCGAAGCCCAGCGCAACCACGUUACACUGGGGAGGGCCGCUUGGGCCAUGAGGGCGCAGCUACUGCAGCCUCGUCCCCAGCAGCAGCAACAGCAACACCAACAGCAGCAGCAGCAGGAGCAGCAGCAGCAGCAGCAGCAGGGAGCCUACCUAUGGGCGCUGAUGCAGCAGCAGAGCUGCUGCGCCUGAAGGCCCUUGUGGCGGAGCAGCAGGCGGCCUUAGUCGAAGCACGACGACAGAGUGUAGGGCCCAUAGAUACGGGGAUGCAAAGGGAGGCGCAUGCAACGUCGUGGCGAGAGUCUUAUGGGGACAGUCAGGGCCUGACGGCGCAGCUGAACAGAUUGGAGGGGGAGUUGUUUAGGGCGCGGCAGCGGCUGCAGGCGGAGCGGCAGCUGCGGGCGAAGGAAGUGCACCGCUUCAGAGCAGAAAUAGAUAAAAUGAGGAAAACUGAAACAGCGCUGAGAGCGAGGGUGCGCGAGCUGGAGGCGCAGCUUCGGUCUAGCAGCUGCCGCUUGAGGAGGCUCCCCGCUGUUCCUGGGGGGGGCCUUUCUCCCGCCUUUCGGUCCGCCGCCUCUCGCUGGUCUUCUUACGAUGCCCUGCCACCAGAGAGAAGCAGCAGCCGCAGCAACAGCAGCAGCAGCAGCAGCAGCAGCAGCAGCAGCAGCUUUGCCGGUUGCUGCCCGAAGGAGGCCCUCAGGGGCCGUCCCAGGGCCCCCGUGCCUCGUGUUGCUGCUGGGGGGCCCCCUGCUUGCAUGCGGGCUCAAACUAUGAAGGAGGAUGGGGGCCCCCCUAGGGGGCCCCUCAGGGGCCCCUCCUCCUCUCCUCUGCGGGGCAGCAGGCCGCUACCCUCCCCCCAGCAAACGACGAGGAGAGGCCGCUCCUAUUCUCCUUAUCUUCUCUCUCAAUCCCCUACGUCUGUCGCUGGUGGGGCUGGGGGGGCCCCUGUUGCUGGGGGUACCCCGCGUCUCCGUUGUUCUUUGCCUUUGGGUGUUUCUUCUUCUUUGCUUGCAUCUACAGCUUCAUCUCGCGCGCGGCAGCGCUCGGUCUCUGUCGCCUCUGCAUGCAGCAGCAACUGCAGCACCAGCAACAGCUGCAGCAACACCCAUAAACCUUACACCCAUCACCCAUGCACAUCCUGUGCCUGCACGGGGGCCCCCCGCACCACACAUGCGGGGGCCCCAGGGGGCCCCAGGGGCCCCCCGCUGCACCUGAGGCGACAGCAGUCACCAACGAGGCCCCCCACUGACUGGACCCUUCCCCUCACAGGGGCCCCUACAGGCGGCUGUACCCAUACAAAGCAACACAGCCCUGCUACCCCAUGCCGCCACAGACAUUCCAUUCGCUUGGAGUCGAAGUGCUCUCCCCACUGUAGGCGCGUACCCACCCCGCCAGCUGACGGGGGGCCCCUGAAGCGCUGCAGCAGCAACCACCUCCUCCUGGACCCUCUGGGGCCCCACAGGGGAGUGGCGGGGGGGCCCGGGUUUGGAGGGGCCCCCGGGGGGGGCCCCAAGCAGGCGGUGCUGAACAGCGUGAGGGACAGAAGCCCAUUUGCGGCAGAGGCGAAAUGCGAAGAAGACGCGCUGCUGCCAGCGAGUGGCCUGCUGGGAUCUCAGCAUCAGCAGCAGCAGCAGCAGCACCAGCAGCAUGAGCAGCAGCAGCAGCAGCAGCAGCAGCAGCAGCAGCAGCAGCCUUUUGUCGUUUUAUCUGCUGUAGAGUACGAGCGGCUGAAGCGCCAAGGAGCAGCAGCAGAUUACCCGCGGCAGAGUCGGGGUAGCGAUAGACAGGCGAAUAUUUGUUCUGUUUCUUCUGCUGGUGGGGAGGGCCUCUCGCUGCUGGAGCGCCUGGGAGGCCCUCUACCCCCCCGUGACGUUGCAGCUACUGAAAGAGGAGAUAUGGAGAUCAGCAGCAGCAGCAGUAGCAGCAGCAGCAGCAGCAGCAGGCCCCCUGUGGUUAGCAGCAGGCCGCAGGAUGGCCUCAAGCCCAGCGCUUACAAUACAGCUGCAUCGAGGGAAGGUACAUCCGCCUUAACUACCGCCAGCUCCAACGACGUAACAUCAGCAGAAAUACUACAAAUUGCAGAUGAGCCUUCUCUUUCCUCUCUCCUCCUCAUGCCGACGGGUCUAGGCUCAUCCAAGCCACCGCGACAGUCUUCAUUCGCCUCUGCGGACUUAGCCGCAAAAACGGCAGAAACCGGAGACGCUAUGGGGGCACCUGGGGGCCCUAGGGGCCCCCGGGGGGCCCCGGGGGCCCCCGGGGCCUCUGAUAAUACGGGCGAAGGACCCAGCAGUACCAGUACCCCCAAUACAGUCAAUGCAGGCCGCGCUGUUUUCUCUGAAAUCGAUGAACGGCUGACGGCGCUGCAGCGCUUUCUGCGGUCAACCCGAGAGAGUUUCCGCCUAAUGGAAACGGGUACUCUUGGGGCUUGA